AUGGGUCAGACUUUGUCAGAGCCAGUCGUUGAUAAGGUCUCUUCCGAGGGUGAAGAUGAGUGCUGUGUGUACGGCGUCUCCGCCAUGCAAGGCUGGCGGAUCAGCAUGGAAGAUGCCCACGCUGCUGUCCUAGAUCUGUAUGCGAAAUUUACGACUCCUAAAGAUACCCCCUCCGCACCCGAUAAACGUCUCGCUUUCUUUGGUGUAUAUGACGGGCAUGGUGGCGAUAAAGUGGCUCUGUUUGCCGGGGAGAAUUUGCACAAGAUAGUCGCGAAACAGGACUCGUUCGCCGAGGGCGACAUUGAACAGGCCUUGAAGGACGGUUUCCUGGCGACCGAUCGGGCCAUCUUGGAAGACCCGAAAUAUGAGGAAGAAGUUUCCGGCUGUACCGCCGCCGUCAGUGUAAUCUCAAAGCACAAAAUCUGGGUCGCCAACGCUGGUGAUUCACGCUCGGUCCUGGGUGUUAAGGGCCGUGCGAAGCCCCUCUCGUUCGACCACAAGCCGCAAAAUGAAGGCGAGAAAGCUCGUAUCAGUGCUGCGGGCGGUUUUGUCGACUUCGGCCGUGUGAACGGCAAUCUAGCCUUGUCGCGAGCCAUUGGAGAUUUCGAAUUCAAGAAGAGCGCCGAGUUGUCGCCCGAGCAGCAGAUCGUGACCGCGUAUCCCGAUGUGACGGUCCACGAACUGAGUGACGACGACGAAUUCCUUGUCAUCGCUUGUGAUGGUAUCUGGGAUUGCCAGACUUCUCAGUCUGUGGUCGAGUUUGUUCGCCGCGGUAUCGCUGCUAAGCAAGACCUCUACCGAAUCUGUGAGAACAUGAUGGACAACUGCCUCGCCUCGAACAGCGAAACUGGUGGAGUCGGCUGCGACAACAUGACCAUGACCAUCGUGGGGCUUCUGAACGGUCGAACCAAGGAAGAGUGGUACAAUCAGAUCGCUGAACGGGUAGCCAACGGUGACGGCCCUUCUGAAUUCCGCGGCCCUGGUAUCCGUAACCAAUUUGAAGAGAACCCGGAUGACUAUGAGAUGGAUAAUGAUCGUGCCCGUGGCUUUAGCGUGCGUUCUGGUCGCAUAAUACUUUUGGGAGACGGCACCGAAUUAAUCCCUGAACAGAAUGAUGAGGAACUCUUUGACCAGACCGAGGAAGACCGCGAUUUGCCCCGUCAGGCUCAACACGAAUCGCCCGACUCGGUCCGGAAUGAGCGCGAAGGAACCCCGGGACCCCAGACCAAAUCCGACGGCUCCAAGUCCUCCGAGUCCUCCGAGUCCCCCUCGACCGCCACGAAGAACAACUCUGGAACCACGGAACAAUCUACGAGUUCGUAG